GGCGACGGCGGCUGCAAAGUCAGCCAGUCGUUGUCCCCGUCACGUGUAGUCUGAAGGCUGAGAAGUCCAAGGUCAAGUUGCUGGCAGAUCCAGUGUCUGGGUAUACGUGGUUGGUGAAGUUGUGCCAUCUUUGGGCGCCUCGCUGAAAGUGACAUUCAUCUGUUUGAGAACAUUCGCAAUGUACGACUCGGGAGCCAGGAGCCUGGAGCACUGGUUGUGGCCACCUGAAUCUCCAUCGACGGCAGGAGUAGGAGCGGUUUUUAACCCCCAUUUGUCUGAAGAAGCUCUGUGAUGUGCGUGUGAUAAAUUUGCUCAAGCAAUUUGCGCUGUUCACAAGGAAUAAGCAGACGUGAGGACUAUGAUGGAAGAGCCGACACUGGAAGGAAGCCAGGGUCAGCUCCCAAGCCCUCAGCAGGGCUCUCUGAGGAAGGCCGUGGCUGCUGCCCUGGCCCUGGAUGGGGAGUCCACAAUGGGUAGCAGGAAAAAGAAGAAGAAAGAGUUUCGCCCAGAAUCUAUCAUCAUCUACCGGUCAGACAAUGAGAACGUGGAUGAGGAGCCUGGGGAAUCAGAAGGCGGAGACCAGCCUAAAGAGGAGGAAGGAGAGGACUUCCUUGACUAUCCUGCUGAUGACGGAAUGUGGAACAUGCCUUUGGACAGCCGCUACGUCACAUUAACUGGGACUAUCACACGAGGGAAGAAAAAGGGGCAGAUGGUGGACAUCCAUGUCACAUUGACAGAGAAGGAGCUGCAGGAACUGACCAAGCCUAAAGAGCUUUUGAAAGAAACAACACCUGAAGGCAGAAAGAUCUGCCAGAUGGCAGCAGACCGCGGGCCCCACGUGGUCCUCUGGACGCUGGCCUGCCUGCCUGUGGUUUUUAUCCUCUCUUUCGUUGUCUCUUUUUACUAUGGCACUAUCACUUGGUACAACAUCUUCCUUGUGUACAAUGAGGAGAGGACCUUCUGGCACAAGAUCUCAUGUUGCCCCUGCCUCAUCCUCUUCUACCCAGUGCUCAUCAUGGCCAUGGCCUCUUCGCUGGGCCUCUAUGCUGCUGUGGUUCAGCUCUCGUGGUCCUGGGGGGCAUGGUGGCAAGCUGCCCGGGACAUGGAGAAAGGCUUCUGUGGCUGGCUCUGCAGCAAGCUGGGUCUGGAGGACUGUUCUCCCUACAGCAUUGUGGAGUUGCUUGAAUCUGACAAUAUUUCAGGCAAUCUCUCCACCAAGGACCCCACACAGGAAGUGGAAACUUCCACUGUCUAAACUCUCAACAGUUUACUUCCUCCUCCGGUCCCAGUAGCCUGUAUAUCAUCUUCCAAUUCCAGAAGAUUCUUUCUUAUAUUAUCCCCCACCCCCUUCUCACAGUUCUGGAAAAUUCUAGCCCACACUGAUCUGUGCUAUUAUCUUGAUGGUUCUAAGAGGGCAGGGAACAGAAAAGCAACUUAUGCCUAAGUGUGCAACUAAUGCAAACUCGUCUUCAUUCCCUGCCCUAAAACAACCAUUCAUCUGGGACAAGGAGCUCAGUUAUGUGUCAUUUCAGGAGCCUGAAGGUGUAACUGGUGUCUGGAAUCAAGGGAGCAUAUGACUAAGUGUGACAGGGAGAGGAAGGAGGUUCUGGGGUGACCAAUAAAAUAAUAAAGAUGCAGUGAAAUGUUCAAGAAGUAGGCUUACCACAGUGUAUCAGAAAGUAAAGAUUUGUGUGUAUCACUUAGAGUUACUUAGCUGCAUAUCAUUAAUAUCCUAAAAUAUCAGUGACUUCAACAAGAGAAGUUUACUCUUUCCGUAGAAGAAGUCUGGAGGCAGACCAUCAGGGGGCCUGAGGAGUCCCUGGGAUCCAGGCUGCUUUUAUUCCCCUGCCAUUAGUGAAGUGUGACCCCCAUCACCUUUUUCUCAAUGCCCCGUCACUGACUGCAGCUGCAGCCACCUCACUGUUUCCGGCAGAUCAGAGGAAGGGGCAGAGAAGCACAUUCUCUGUGCUCAAGGGCACUUCCCACAAGUCCCACUCAACACUUCUUAUAUCUCAUUGGCCAGCCCUUACAUGACCUCACAAGCAAAAGAGGCUGCAAAAUGUAGUCUUUGGGGCAGUUACAUGCUACGUUAAAUAUUGUGGUUAUGCUAAUUUAAGAAGAAAAAGAAGAAGAGCUAUUUUGGUAAGCAAGGAAGAAUCCCAGUAAUUAUUAAAAUACAUUCAGAUCCCAACCUGUUAAUAUAGUUUUAUUUAUUUAUUUAGGUCUAAAUCUUACAGAGAUUUUAUAUAUAGGUACUAGCUAUAUAUACUAUGUAUAUGCCAUACAUAGAUAUUAGUAACUCAUGUACUUUGCAAUUAAAUGUAAUGUCACGUGGUUUCAGGGCUUUUUAGAAGGGAAGAUUAAACAGUUGAGUACAACCAUAGAAUUGUGGCCUAUUUGUUUCUCUAAUUACAUAGUUGUACUAUGUAAUUGUAUGAAGAAGGGACUGUGUGUGAUAUUUAAUUUACAGGUUAAAGACUGUGAAGGGAGGCAUUGCAUCUCUUAUCCCCUCCCCAGCCCCCA